AGUGAUUGUCUAGUUCAAACGUCAAAGGUUGAACACAUUGUUGCUGUGCGCGGCACACUUGAUUGAAUCAGUCAUGAAUGAAAAUUGACUUUUCUAAGCCAUUCUACACACCCCAAUCCCAUUUUCAAUUUACUACUUGUAGGAAAGUCUUAUUUAGUUGAAAUACCAUUUGUCUGAUUUGAGGACUGAUUCAGUGGGCUAUGGCUGGAAUUCUUUUUGAAGACAUCUUUGACGUGAAGGACAUUGACCCUGAUGGCAAGAAAUUUGACAGAGUCUCUCGUCUCCACUGUGAAAGUGAAUCCUUCAAGAUGGACCUCAUUCUGGAUGUGAACAUUCAGAUCUACCCCGUUGAUCUUGGGGACAAAUUCAGGUUGGUUAUAGCCAGCACUUUAUAUGAGGAUGGGACACCCGAUGAUGGAGAGUACAAUCCACAGGACGAUAGGCCGUCGAGGGCAGACCAGUUUGACUAUGUGAUGUAUGGCAAAGUUUACAAAAUUGAGGGUGAUGAAACCUCUACAGAAGCAGCGACACGACUCUCAGCCUAUGUGUCUUACGGAGGACUCCUCAUGAGGUUGCAAGGAGAUGCCAACAAUCUGCAUGGGUUUGAAGUGGACUCCAGAGUGUACCUUCUCAUGAAGAAACUUGCUUUCUGAACCACACUAUGCCCCGUUGAGGUUCAUUUUCUCUUUUUACAUCCUGACGUCUCACUGAAACAAGGACCACACUCCAUAUGGAAGUCACGGAGUGGUGUUCAGCUUUACGGGAGAUUUGUUGGAAGACUUCCAAGGCAUACAAUAUGUUUUUUUUAGUCGCACUAAUUGUAGCUACUCUCGAAAAGAUGGACUUGGGACUGUGGAGCAAAUGAACCACAGCAUGCGCCACCUGUUGGUAAAUCAUGUAAAUAAAGAAAACAUUUUUUUUAAUAAGAAUAGAAAAAAGUUCACUAAAACUUGUCAUUUAUGGGGUUUAUACUGAUAAGUAUGUUUGUUGUUCCACCAUUAUACUGCAUUUUAAAGGCUGUUAUUUUGCUUUCUCAAGUCCUGUCAUCUGCCACAAACCAGUAACAUAUUUUGGAAACCAGUAUAAAUGUCUCCUGAAGGGUUGCAACCUAUGGGUAUUUUGGAUACCAUUCGUUCUGUGUUGCCUAGGGACCGAAUUCUAUUGCUUGUGUUGCAGGGAUUCCUGUCUGCAAAUAUUGAAAAUUGAAUUAAAUGUGUUCCUGAAAGAGA